AAUCCCUAGUCCCCCUCCCUCUUAUUUUUCUUUUUUGCCGCAAAAAAAAAAAACACUUUCUCUCUCUCUCUCUCUGAUUCGAUCUUCUUCUUCUUCAUCAUCUUCCGCUCAAUGCUUUCUCUCUCUUCCCGCUGAUUCUGCGAUCCCAUUCGUUAGAUUAACGAUCACGCAUCCUUUCAUUCAUUCAUUCAUUCUGUAGCCGUUCCUUUUUUUUAAUCGUUGGAUCUAUUUUAGAUUCUUUAAUCAAAUCGAUUGCUCUUCUCUACUCUUUUCGAUUUCGUCCUCCUCUUAAGAGAAGAUAGUUUAACAGCUUAAUCCUCUUUCCUUAAUCUUCUGUUUUCGAUCAGCUUUAGAGUUUUUUUUUUUUUUUUGAAAAUAGCUUUAGAGUAUUUUACUACUAGUUUACUUAAUUUUCUCGAAACAAUAGGGGAUGGAGAUCAGUUGCGGCGAGCUUGGAGCUUUUGGUGACGUGGAUCGAUUACGGGAAGACGAUCUCUUCAAAACGGUGUCGUUUUCAGGGUACCAGACUGUUUACGACACAGUAAGCUGGGCUUGGGAUGGUGAUGAUAGCAGCAACGCUUUGUUCAAUGAUCUGUUGAGCUUCGGUGAAGAGAUCAAUAGCUUGCCUGAGGAUCCCUUCUCUAUGAAUAUUAGAUCCACUUUGAACUCCUUCUCUGAUUGGUUUCAUGAGAUGGGUGAAGAAGCAGCCACAUUGCCUAACGAUCCCUUUUCUAUGAAGGAUCAUAAAGCAUCGGUUCUUGAUGGUGGAGGUGGUGAAGAGCCUCACUCCGCGUUUGAUUUGGUCAUUCCUUAUCUAGAGAUGAGAGACACUUUUGCGGUUGAGUCAGUUUGCAGGUCGUUGCGUGAUUCCGUUAGAAAAGAGUCUUGUUUCUGGAGAACCGUUGACCUCAGUGACUCCCUUCUCAAGUACAAAGUGACUGAUGAUUCCCUUCUGAAGCUAACGCGCCGCGCUCAAGGUCAUCUUCGGUGUUUGAAUCUGGGAGGAUGUGUGAGUAUCACUGAUGAUGGUUUGAUGCAAGUGCUAGCAAGCAAUCCGCUUCUCACAAAGCUGAGUGUAUCAGGUUGUCAUAGGCUAAGCACAGUAGGAUUGUUAUCCAUUUUAAGGGACUUGAGAUCCUCAAACCAACUAGGACUCGAAAGCCUUAUCACUGGUGGGGCAUUGUAUUUCACAAAGGAGCAAUUUAAAGAGCUGAAGUUAUUACUUGGAGCAGAUGGUGAAGAGGGAAAAUCGAGGAGGCGGAGAUUGUAUACAUCAUGUAGAUCAGACUUCUCUUUAGAUGACGAUCGAGGUACUGACAUAGAGAUAUGUCCCUGGUGUGAGAAACCGAGUCUGGUAUUUGAUUGUGCAUCAGAAACAUGUCCGCUGAAGGACCAUCCUUGUCCUAAACAGUCGUGCAGAGCUUGCGUAGUCUGCAUUGAACGUUGCCAUGACUGUGGGAGUUGCUUAAAUGAUUGUGAACACAAGCCGUUUUGUUUUGCAUUCAGCUGUGUGAUCUGCUAUAAGAAGAGGUCUAACCAGUUACAAGAGUUGCUUUGAAGUGAAAAGGAUUUGAGAAAUUAUCAACCAAAGUCUAAGAGAAGAGCUGGAAUAGGAAAAGGAAACAUAUUAAGAGACUCAGAAGGGCUUUUUUGUAUUCUUGGUGCGCACCGUAAGAGAUCUGAGCCGAACUUGUUUCUGCAAAGCAGACACAGGUAGAGAGAAGCAAAGACGAGAGCUUUGUUUGAGAGUGAAAGGGCGAAGAUCCAUAUGUGGAAUGUACAGGAGGAGAGAUACACACCAUUUACAUGUUUUUUUUUCUGUUCCUUGCUUCACAUCUUUGCCCCACUGGUAAUAAUAAUAGUAUGUAUCAAUACCAUUAGCUAAAGCCUGAAUGAUGGUGCUGAUGAAUGUGGAACUAAGUUGUAAUGAAUAUAUCUGUUACCAAGUCUUAAAAGAUUAGAUUUAAAGUUUAAAA